AGAAGCCGAGAGGAGCACAGGCCGCCAGCUCCGCCGUUUUCUUAGCUGCGCGGGACGUUUGAACAGACCGGAAGUGGGAGCCAAGCGACUUCCGGCAGUUGGUCUGGGAGGAGAAAAGCGUGUCGGGAAUGGCGACAAAGAGGCUGGCGCGGCGGCUUGGAUUAAUUAGGACAAAGUCCAUUGCACCAACAAGUGGAAAUCGAGAAAGAAACAAAUCCAAACAGUUGUUUGACUACUUAAUUGUCAUUGAUUUUGAGUCCACAUGCUGGAAUGAUGGAAAGCACCACCAUGGCCAGGAAAUAAUUGAAUUUCCAGCAGUAUUGCUGAAUACAUCAACUGGAGAGAUUGAAUGUGAGUUCCAUGCUUAUGUUCAGCCUCAGGAACAUCCAGUUCUUUCUGAAUUUUGCAUAGAACUGACGGGCAUAAAGCAGGUUCAAGUUGAUGAAGGGGUCCCUCUGAAGAUUUGCUUAUCUCAGUUCUGUAAAUGGAUUAAUAAGAUUCAGCAACAGAAGAAAAUUGUUUUUGCUACUGGAGUUUCAGAUCAUUCCACUUCUGAAGUAAAAUUAUGUGCAUUUGUAACUUGGUCAGACUGGGACCUGGGGGUUUGCCUGGAGUAUGAGUGUAAAAGAAAACAGCUGUUAAAACCUGUGUUCUUAAAUUCUUGGAUUGAUCUCAGAGCAACUUACAAGCUUUUCUAUAGGAGAAAGCCAAAAGGACUAAGUGGUGCCUUGCAGGAAGUAGGAAUAGAAUUCUCAGGACGAGAGCAUUCUGGGUUGGAUGAUUCUCGGAAUACUGCCAAUCUUGCAUGGAAAAUGAUCAGGGAUGGUUGCUUAAUGAAAAUUACGAGAUCCUUGGACAAGGUGACCACUAAGAAGAAUCCCAACAUUUUGACCAGAAAUUUGAACACAAAUCAGGUUGAAGAAACUUCUGACUGCAACAAUAGCAUCCAGAUUCCCAGCAUAUAUGAUAGGGAGCCUAAAAAUAAGAUAAAUUCUGAUGAAAAAGUUCAAAUGAGGUCGGCGUGUAUGAAUUCUCCUCUAAUGGUACUGCAAGAUCAGUUACAACUGAAGAACACAAUGUCAGAAGGUCUUUACAAUGUCAAAAGCUGUUUCUCUCUUUCUAAUAAUAAGUCCUCUACUUCUUUGAGGCAGUUGCAAUCUCCCAGCUUGAAUUCACCUAUCUAUAUGCAGAAGAAAAUAAAAAAUGAACGCAUUGUACUUAAUUCCAAAUCUAACCCUUCAAGAACUGGUUCAGGAUUGGUACUUGUUUCUACUACCAUUUCAUCUGUUAAUCAUAUUUCUGAUAUGGAAAUGAGUUCUGCUCUUGACUCCUUACCUAUGUUGGCUGACUGGGAAGAUGUAGCCUUACUUCCGGCAUCUCAGCCUGAGCAAAAUAUAGAUUGUAUACCUCCCAUUAGUGAUUCAAACUUAGACAAUUCAUUUAAUUCUGGAGAAAGAUUAAUGGUUUUUAAAGAACCUGAAAUGCUAGGCCAUGAGAACUUUGGAAGCACAAAGGAAACUCCUCAAAAAUCUGAGACCUGUAAGUCUAUUGUGUACAAGAGUCCUCACACUACUAUAUAUAAUGUAAAAGAAGCCAAAGACCCAGUUUCAAAUGUUUCCGCCUUUAAGUUACCCGAACCCAAAUUAAAUACCUUAAACAGUGUUAAUGCUAAUAUGUCUCAUCCUUCAGUUUUGAGGAAACAUCCUAUUCUUUUAGGCAGAACCAAAAGGAAUUCAUCCAGUCUCCCAAUCUUCCCACCAGCGAAAAAACAAACCUUCACUAUUCAUGACGAAAAGCUUACAUCAUCUGAUUGUUCCCCAGGGAGAAGUUCCUCUCAGAAAGUUCUCCCCUCUAUAUUAACUUCUACCAUUAACCUACAAGAGCCUUGGAAGAGUGGGAGAAUGACACCACCUUUAUGCAAGUGUGGCCGAAGAUCUAAGAGACUUGUUGUUUCUAAUAAUGGACCAAACCACGGAAAAGUCUUCUAUUGUUGCCCUAUUGGGAAAUACCAAGGAAACAGAAAACGUUGUAAUUAUUUCAAAUGGGAACAAACACUUCAAAAGGAGAGAGACAACAACACAGUUCUGUCACAUUCCCCAGGGGGACUCACUUUUAAUUCUUCCAAAACAAGCCAUAUUUCUGACAGAAAUGUAAGUUUUUUUACUAAAAAUAUUUUGAGACUCAGACCUUCAAUGAGGAGUUGACAAACUUUCUUCACAUCUGAACUGCUUUUUCUUUAAUGUGAUUUUUAGUAUGGUAGAGAUAAAGUAUUAUAGGGCUGCAAGUGUUGAGGAUUUAGAGGGCAUAAGUGAGCUGGGACUGGGACUUACACACACAAACUGAAAAUAGAAAAAAAAUAAAAUUUCAUGGACUUCUAAUUCAUUCACCAGUUUAGUCUUUUAUUUGCCUUUUCUUUGUUAAUGUAUGCAUUCUGAUAGUUCCUUCAAUUCUCAAACAUGAGUAUUCUUAUGUUUUUCUUACACUAUUUUAUUUAUAUUGUAUAUAUUAAUCUUUGCUGAAUUUAUCAUACUGUCUUGAACAAAUGAAAAAUUUUGUAAACUAUUUAUUAGGUUAAAUAUAAUAA